GAGAGAGAGAGAGCAAAACACAAGUGAAAUAGUACACCUGAACCAGUGAACAAUCCCAUUUAUGGACAAAAGAGCGAGGGCGAAAGAGAGAAGAGAGAAGAGGCGCCAAGAGAUCUCUCUCGUCCGUACGAUUCCCUAUUCCGACCACCAGAGAUGGUGGACCUCGAGCACUAUUGCAGUGGUGACUGGUGCUAACAGGGGAAUCGGAUUUGAAAUUGCACAUCAACUUGCGUUGCAUGGAUUAACAGUUAUUCUCACCUCUCGAGACGCUGUUGUUGGAGAAGAAGCAGCAAAGGUCUUACAAGAACGAGGUCUCAGUGUGGUGUUCCAUCGACUAGAUAUUGUGGAUCCUUCAUCGAUCGAAGCGUUUACUGAAUCGAUAAAGGAAAUUUAUGGUGGUAUUGAUAUAUUGGUAAACAAUGCAGGAGUAAAUUACAAUGUCGGAUCAGACAAUUCUGUCGAAUUUGCAGAACAAGUUGUUGCUACCAAUUACUUUGGGACCAAAAACAUUAUCAAAGCCAUGAUACCGUUAAUGAGACCUUCAGAAACAGGUGCUCGUAUUGUUAACGUGAGUUCAAGAUUAGGAAGAUUGAACGGUCGGCGAAAUAGAAUUGGAAAUAUCGAAUUAAGAAAAAAGCUGGAAGACGAUGAGUCGCUAUCCGAGGAUUUAAUCGACCAGACAGUAAACACAUUCUUAGAACAAGUAAAAGACGGAAAAUGGAAAAACGGGGGAUGGCCUCAAGUUUUCACGGACUAUUCUUUGUCGAAAUUAGCGGUCAGCGCUUACACAAGGCUGAUGGCGAGAAUAUUCUCAGAGCUUCCGGAAGGUCAGAAGAUAUACAUCAAUUGCUACUGCCCGGGUUGGGUGAAGACCGCUAUGACUGGCUGGGCGGGUCACACUAGCCCCGAGGAAGGGGCCGAUACUGCAGUUUGGCUUGCCCUUCUUCAAGAUCAAUCUAUAAGUGGCAAGUUUUUUGCCGAGAGGCGCGAGAUAAAUUUCUAAAUUCGGCAAGUUUUUGGAUUUACGUUAAUUCCUGUUGCAUUUGAUUCACCAUCAGAAGAACGUGCAAGAAACGAAGGAUCGCUGCCGGUUAAUCGAUCUAUUUAGCACUGCGUUCGAGUUUUUGAAGAAUAGAAGAGCAACAUUUUUGCAGUGUUUAGCUGAUAUUCAAGAGUUUGCGGUGCCGAAACUUUGUGUAGCUAAUUAUUUCUUAAUCGAUUCAUCGAUGUAAUCUAACUUGUUUACAAUUGAACCAUUCGUAAGUUUGUUAGUAGCAUUUCUUUAAACUUGGAAAAUACAAUUGUAAAAUGAAAAAAAAAAAAAAAAAAAAAAAAAAAAAGAAGUUCAAGGUGGAUUUAUUAUUUGCUAUAUCACUGUCUUUUACCUAUGUUGCAAUUGUAUCAAACUUAUUAUGUAUCUUCAUUCAUUGACCUAUUAAUUUGUAAAUAUAUAUUUAAGUU